AUGGGGCUGGGGCUCCUGAGCGCUGCACUGUUGUUUGUGGGGAGCUCUCUCUUACACUCAGAACGCCACUCGCUCUCCGAAAGGAACAGGCUCGGCUCCUCGCGGGAAGAAGCCGGUGGUUCAGAGUGGGCCGAGGCCAUGCGUUGGAGGCUUGGGCGGCAAGAAGCGGAGAAGGCCCAAAAGAACAAAGGGUCAGACGCAAAGGAUUGUGGAACGGCACCACUUAGGGAUGUGUCGAAAGGGUCUCGGAUUAUAGGGGGCAAAGAAGCUCAAGCUGGCGCAUGGCCAUGGAUAGUUAGCCUGCAGAUUAAAUAUGGCCGUCUUCUUGUUCAUAUAUGUGGGGGAAGCCUAGUGAGAGAAAGAUGGGUCCUCACAGCUGCCCACUGCACUAGAGACUCUAGAGAUCCUUUAAUGUGGAGAGCUGUCGUUGGAACUAAUACUAUAUAUGGGAACCAUCCACAUGCCAAGACGAUAAAAAUUAAAACAAUCAUUAUCCAUCCAAACUUCAUUUUGGAAACUUUUGUAAACGAUAUUGCACUAUUUUAUUUAAAAAAAGCAGUGAGGUAUAAUGACUAUAUUCAGCCUAUCUGUCUACCUUUUGAUGUUUUCCAAACCCUGGAUGAAAAUACAAAGUGUUUUAUAAGUGGCUGGGGAAGAACACAAGAAGAAGGUAAUGGUACAAAUACCUUACAGGAAGCAGAAGUGCAUUAUAUUUCUCGAAAUAUUUGCAAUUCUCACAGGAGUUAUGCGGGAGUCAUUCCUAAUACUUCAUUUUGUGCAGGUGAUAAAGAUGGAGCUUUUGAUACGUGCAGGGGUGAUAGUGGUGGACCAUUAAUGUGCUACUUACCAGAAAAUAAAAGAUUUUUUAUAAUGGGAAUUACCAGUUAUGGCCAUGGCUGUGGUCGAAAAGAUUUUCCUGGUGUUUAUAGUGGGCCAUCCUUCUACCAAAACUGGCUGACGGAUCACUUCUCCCAGGCAAGCAGUGAAGGCAUAUUUAAUAAAAAUAUUUUACUUGGACAGAUCCUCAUAGCUUUGGGUUCUGUUGUCUUACUAGCAACAACAUAA